AUGUAUGAAACAAUUCGACCAAAAGUUGUACAUACAGCUGUUAAAUAUCUUGUCGAACAGGAGCUAUAUAAAGGCGAAGGUAUCAUUAUAUCCGAUGAUUGGUUGAAUGAGUAUUCUAAUGAACGAGAAAAUUUCAUUAUUAAAGAUGAAGAUAAAAAUAUUGAUGCGAAUGAAAUCAUGAAGGAAUCAGAAUUUGAUGAUAAUGAUGCCAAUUGGAAUGAAUCCGAUGAUAAACCAAUCAAUCCAGUAGCUACCGAAACAUUAUUAAAUGAUGAGAUUGAAGAUCAGAAUGAUAUCGGUAUUAAAUUUGCUCCAGCAGAGAAUAAUAGACCAAUAUCAAUUUUGAUGGAUAUGAAAGUUGAUGAAUUAACAUUUCCAAAAAUUUAUUGUGGUAAACAAAGAAAAAUCAAAGAAAAUGUUAAAUUGACUUACGCUAAAAUUGCUAAGUCAGAAUUAAGAAUGUUCGAUCGAAGAUGUGGUAGAAUAUCGAAACUAUUUUUUACCUAUAAGAAAUUGCAAACGAGAAAGUUUUCAGAUGCUAUUUCAAUAACUCUAAGAAAAACAAAAAAUACAAAAAAUGUAACUGUUGCACAAAUGCUCAAUCGAGAUUAUGUCAAUGGGUUAAUACAUAACGAUGACGCUUUCACAUUCUUGAGAUGUGAUCGAUCAUCACCAGCAUUCUGGGAACUGAAAAAAAAGGAACUUAUGGCCAUGAACAGGCAAUUAGGUUGUGCUACAAUCUUUUUGACUUUAUCAGCAGCAGAAACAAAGUGGUCAGAACUUAUUGUAAUAUUGGCUAAAGUGUUUGGAAAUAAAGUCAUAACAUUAGAAGAAGCAGAGAAUAUGAGCUAUGAAAAGAAGUGUGAUUUGAUAAGAAAAGAUCCUGUAACAUGUGUUCGUUAUUUUGAACAUAGAAUAAAAUGUCUAUGGGAAAUAUUAUCAGCUCCUUCUGGUCCAUUUCAAGGCUACGAACUAGAAGACAAAUAUGUCAGAAUUGAAUUUCAAGCUCGUGGUUCACCACAUGUUCAUGCCUUGAUAUGGUUAAAAAAUGCUCCAAAAUACGACAAAAAUAAACCUGAAUCAAUUAAAGAAUGUAUAGAAUUUAUUGAUAAACUGAUUUCAGUUAGUUCGAAACCAACACAAUUUUCUGAAGAACUUAUAAGUUUGCAACGUCAUAAACAUUCACAUACCUGUAAAAAAUAUGUGAACGGUUGUAUUAAAUGUCGUUUUGGUAUUCCAUAUUUUCCGAUGAGAGAAACUAUGAUUUUGGAACCAUUUAGUAACGACGAAAAGUUAACUAAAAAAGAACGUGAAGAAAUAAGUAAAAAGAAGGAGAACGUAAUGAAAGAACUUGAAAAGAUAUCAAAAGAUAUCGAUAAUUCAUUAACUUUUGAUGAAUUCUUGGUACAUAUUAAUAUGAAUGAAAAAGAAUAUAUUAAAAUGAUUCGAGCUGACUUAAAAAAAGCAAAGGUCUUCUUGAAACGUGCUCCAAAUGAAAUGCGAAUCAAUGCAUAUAAUCCACAAAUAAUGUCAUUACACAGAGCAAAUAUGGACAUUCAAUUCAUUCUUGAUCCUUAUGCAUGCUUAAAGUACUGUGUUGAAUACAUCAACAAAUCUGAAAAUGGCAUGUCUAAACUUCUACGAGAAGCAUUGAACGAGUUAAAAAAAGGCAAUAACACAGUCAGAGAACGUCUUAGAGUUAUUGCAAAUAAAUUUUUGAAUUCAAGUGAAAUUUCUGCACAAGAAGCUGUUUAUCAUAUUUUAAGUAUUCCACUUUCCAUUAGUAGCAGAAGUACUGUUUUUAUUAAUACAAACAGACCUGAAAAUAGAAUUUCUAUGCUGAAAUCAGAUGAAAUUCUUCAAAAAUUGGAGCCUGAUUCAAAAGAUGUGUUUGUUGAGGGCUUAAUUGAGAUGUAUGUUAAUAGACCUGACGAAAUGAAAAAUGUUUGUCUGGCUGAUUUUGCUUCGAUGUAUAAUAUUUCAAAGAAAAAAACAGAUAAUGAUCGAAUUAUAGAAAAUUCUGAUGACGAAGAUAUCACUGAAAAUGAAAGUGAUAAUAAAAUUGUUCCUAUGAAAAUGGAAAAUGGUAAGGGUUGGAUUAAAAAAAGGACAAAGAAAAAAAUCAUAAGAUACAGAUACUUUAAACUACAUCAAGAUCCUGAAAACUAUUAUAGAGAGCAGCUAAUGCUAUUUCUACCAUGGACUAAUGAAGAAGAAGAUCUUAUUCAUAUAAACCAUGAAGAGAGAUUUGAAUUGUAUAAAGAUAUAAUUCAACAAAAAAGAUCUGAAUAUAUUCAUCGUGAAGCUAAUGAAUUCGAACAAGGUUUAGAAGAACAUAUGGAAAAAAAAGAAGAUGAAGAUGAUAUUGAUGAUGCAAAUAUUGAAUACGAUCAAGAUAAGAAUGAAUUUCUCAUUUAUGAAAUAGGAAAUACUGAAGGUGAUAUUUUUGUUGAAAUGGGAAUAAAUACUCGAACUGAAAAAGUCGAACACUUUAAUGUUCCCAAAAUAAUACCAGACACAGAAUAUCAACAAAUGAUGAGAAAUCUUAAUAGUAAUCAAAGGAAAUAUACUCUAAACGUAAUGAAUUUGAUUAAGAAUGGUAAAAAUCAAUUUUUUCAUUUCAUCAAUGGAGGUGCAGGUGUUGGCAAAAGCACUCUAAUCAAAGCAGUGUAUCAAUCAAUACUAAGAUUUUAUAGUUCACUUCCAGGAUAUUAUCCAGAUAGUAUUCGGGCUGCACUAUGUGCACCAACUGGCAAAGCAGCAGCAUUAAUUGAUGGAAUGACUUUGCAUUCAUUUUUAAGUUUACCAGUAAAUCAAUGCAAACAUAAGCUUGUUCAACUAAAUAGCGAUGUUUCGAAUAGAAUUGGAGUCAAAUUAAAAGACUUACAAUUAUUAAUAAUAGACGAAAUAUCAAUGGUUGGUUUCACAAUGUUUCAACAAGUUGAUGCACGUUUGCAGCAAAUAAUGAGAACAAAGAAACCAUUUGGUGGAAUAUCAGUCAUAGUUUUAGGCGAUUUCAAUCAAUUAAGACCAGUUGGUGAUAAAUACAUAUUCCAGUUUAAUAAUUCAUAUAAUGCUUUAGUAGAUAGUUCAUUAUGGUCAUUAUUUGAAUUAUUUGAAUUAACAGAAAUUAUGAGACAAAAGGAUGAUAAGACUUUUGCCAUUGCAUUAAGUAAUAUAGCUAAAGGAACAAUGACAGGUGAAGAUAUUCAUCUGUUAAAGUCACGAAUUGUUUCAACUGAAAAUUUGGAAACGAUUGAAGAUGCCAUAAGGAUAUUCAGAAGCAAUGCUGAAGUUGAUGCAUACAAUACAAAAGUAUUGGCUAAUCUUAAUACUGAAGGUGCAACUGCCAAUGCAUAUGACUUUUGUAUUGGUGAUGGACUUGCAUCAUUAAAAGAAAAAGUGUUGAACAACGUAAAGAAUCUCAAAACAACUGAAACUUAUGGCUUACCACUUAAAAUCGAUUUGAAAGUGGGCGCUAAGUAUAUGUUGACAGUCAAUUCUGAUACGGAAGAUGGAUUAGUCAAUGGUGCUUGUGGAAAAUUAGUAAUGAUUGAUUACGGAAAACUUCAAAAAACUAAUGAAACAGUACCAUGUAGAAUAUGGAUUAAAUUCAAUGAAGAAAAAACUGGAAGAAAAGCUAGAGCCAAUUUUCACAAUGUAAUGCGUAAUAAAAAUAUUGAUUCUAGUCUUACACCAAUCGAACCAGUAAUACGUCAAAUAAAUACGAAGUCAACGAAUUUCAAAGUAGAACGGAAGCAGUUUCCAAUAGUACCUUGUGAAGCUAUGACCAUAUACAAAAGUCAAGGCGGUACUUACGAGAAGGUUGUUGUCAAUUUGAAGAAGGGAAUGACAAGAUCUGAAUUAUAUGUUGCUUGUAGUCGUGCAACAAAAGCAAGUGGUUUAUACUUAAUUGGAGACUUCGUUCCACCAAAACCACCUGAACGUAAUGAUGCAGUGACGUUGAUGUUCAAAACUAUGAGAUCCGAGCGAAUGCUGAAAUUUUCGCUUGCAUUUCCUGAAGAAUCUGAAGAGAAAAAAUUUUCCAUUAUCUUUCAUAAUGUACAAUCAUUGAAUAAGCAUAUUUCAGAUGUUAAAUUUGACAAAACAUUUUUGUGUUCUUCCAUGAUAAGUCUUGUUGAAACAUGGACAAAACCAAGUGAUAACUUAGAAAUUGAAGGUUUUAAGAUAGUUCACAGACGUGAUUGUCAUGAUGUACGAAAACCAUUCGGUCAAAUCAUUUAUUUAAAAAAUGAUUUAAAAUUCGAAAAUAUCACCGAAAGAUAUGAAUAUUCAGGCAAAGAUCAUAUUGAAUAUUCUGCGAUAAAAGUUGAUGAUAUUUGUAUAAUUUCCGUUUAUAAUUCACCAAAUUCAUCAUUCGAUGUCCUAAGACGACAUAUGAAUGAAGUUAUAACUAUUUCAAAAAGAUUUUGUGAUAAUAUAAUUGUCGUUGGUAAUUUUAAUAUAAACUUGAAGAUUAAAAUCAAUAACAAAUUUAUUGAAUAUAUGAAAUCAUUUGGACUUAGUUUGAAUAAUACACUAAAUAAAGAUUCAACUAAUGCAAAAACACAAAUUGACUAUUGUUUCUCUAAUAUGAAAGACGUAAAGUCUGAUUAUUUUGAAAGUCUUACAAGUUUUCAUAAGCCAAUAUGGAUAAGAAAACAUAAAGUUUUGAGUAAGUCUCAUGUUCAUGAAAUCAAAAACAUUCAUACAAAUGUAACUUCUAAUAUCAAUGAUGAAGUUAUGCUUGAUGACCAAUUUGACCCGAUGGAUAUCGACGACAAAUUUGUUUUUGAAAGUCAUGAAACAAUCGAUAAGAAUGAACAAAUUGACUUAGAUAUGUCCUUCCAAUUAGAAGAUCUCAAAGUGAAUGAGCCAUUUGAUACGAUGGAAACUGAAGAAAAAUCUUUUCCCACAAACUAUGAAAUCAUUGAUUCAGACUCAAGGAAGAUUCUUGAUCAUUUUCUCCUUCUACUUGAAUUUGAUAAUGCUGCAGGGACUACCCAAAUUUCAAGUCAAGCUCGAAUAAUCGAUGAUUUAAUUGAAAAGUCGCGAUUUAUAACUGUCUAUAACAAAGAUCGAUCUGUUAAAAUCAGACCGAAAAUAGAAUAUUCUGUUGAAGCAUUUGAUGCAUUUUACGCACGAACUCAUACAACUGGAGAUGGAAAUUGCUUGUACAGUUCUUUAUCAAUAAUUAAAAUUGGAUCUGAAGAACUAACACACUCUAUGAGAUUAUUGACAGUCAAUGCUAUGAUUAUUAAUAGUAAUCAUUUCAAAACCAUUUGCCGUUUAUUGAACUAUUCAUUUGAAGAACAGUUAAGGAGAACUGUCACAAACGAACAAUGGGGUGGAGAAGUUCAAAUUCAUGCACUUUCUAUAGCAUUACGUCAGCCCAUUUAUUCUUAUGUUAAAUUUCUCGAUGAUCCAAAACGUGUACACUACAUUCCAUCUGAUAUCAGUACACAAGAUUUGAUUAACAGAUUUGAUAAUGGAACUGCAGGAGGUCAUCUCAAAUAUAUUGGAUAUAAGUCAGAUAUGAAUAAAUCAAGUUUAUGUAUUCACUUUACCGGCAUUCAUUACGAUGCUCUCUUGCCAUUUUCAAAUAAUCCCCAUCAAUUCAUACUAAAAAAAAUGAUAUAAUUGAUAUGAGUUUGUGAAAAAGAAAAAAAGAACUAGAUUUAAUUUAAAAAAUAAGUUAUAUUUAUAUAAACAAGUAAAGUCUCUGGAACUAACUCCUCGCCAGGUCCUAUGGGACAAAAAGAGGGCAUCCGCAGGGCCUAAGGGGCAGCUCCUUAGUGCGCUCAAGGAUGAUUUUUUUCGAAUUAUCAAAAUCAAUCUGUCGUUAGGUUCACUUUUUGAAGUACACAUAACACUCGGAUUUGUUAAGUGACAUCAUCAUAUAUGUAUCAUCUCUGCCGAUCUUUGUUACAACGUCAUAUGUAUUUCAUCUAUAUCUUCUUUUGUUCUGUACAUGUAUGUGUGUGUGUUCGUCUGCUUCUUUCUUCUGGCGGCCUCGUCGCCGUCCGCGGAGUUCUUCGCCUUUCCUUGUUCUCACAUAUAUAUAUACCUGUUGCUUUAAACAAUAAAUCGUUCGAUUCCAUUCUCGUUCAUAAGUGUGUAACAUAAUCUUCUCUGAC